AUGAUGGAAGGUCAUCACAAAGUUCCUUUGUUUUGGACAUGUUUCACAUUUACUACAUUCGGUUUCACAUGUAGUUUUGUCUCAAUGGUUAUGCCUUACUGGUAUGCCAGAUAUCCUCAGUCUCAAAAUCGUUUUGUAAGACUGGGGCUCUGGGAGGUGUGUUUUGAAGGCUAUAUGGCGAAGAAAACUGGAAAUUAUAUGUAUUUUGGAUGUUUCUAUUUAUUUGAUACGAAAAUUUUGACUCUGUGGCCGAUCAUAUUCAGAGGUUUUUCAACUUUAGUUAGUUUGAUCACAAUGGGUGUAGGAGUAGACACUGAACAGAAAAUUGAAAAGGCUGCAAAACAUCCUUGGUUAGAAGAUCUUGAUCAGAACUCAUUGUCUUGGUCAUAUGGUAUUGCUGCAAUAUCCCUAUUACCAAGCUGCCUUACAGUUAUAAUUUUAGGAUGGUUUGUUUACCCUAAAAAAUCUCCAUGUGGGCUAUUAAUUAAUUCAGCAUGGAAUUGGCCAACAUUGAAUGAUUUGCAAUGUCGUUAUCAUAUGCAUGAUAUGCAUGUUCCAAAAAUCUGUUCAUCUUCAAAUCCUCAAUCAUCAUGUCAUAAUAUCACUACUUUAUCUACCGAUUAUCCGCAUUCAUUGCGCUCUCGUACAUUAAUCCAAUCCAGUCAGAUUACUGGUGACCAGUUGUCCAAUGACUUGAAUAAUAAAAUACUUUGUAAACCAACAUUAUUUCACAAGUCGGGUGCUCAGAUAGAAACAUUAUCAAUGAUAACGGCACAAGACCAAAAUUCUAUAUUGUCUGAUAAUUGUGGCAAAUUGAGUAGUUAUGAUCCACGUUCAGCGGAUACAGUAUCACUUUCAUCCUACGAACAACCUCCAUUGAAUCUGUUAUAUAAUCCACAAACUAUAAACAUGAACCACCAGUUCAAUUCAAUAAUGUAUUCAAAAGAGAAUAAUUUUGUAGAAAAUGACUAUUGUUCUUCUAUUGAUUGCAAAACAAAAUUAAUUCAAUCUAAUUUAUUGUCUACAUUUCAUAAAUUCUCUGCGCCUUUUUUGAAAGAAUCUACAAGUGAACGAAAACAACCACAAUGUAUUACAAAUUCUGAUUCUCAUUCACAUUUAAAAUCGAUUCAUUCAAAUAAAUCAUCGAACCUCCAACAACCUUCAUCUAGUAAUCCAGAUACUUCAAUAUGGACAGAAAAUUCCAUUAUUCAAACUGCUCGUCCAAUGAAAAGAACUAAACAAAAAAUGAAAACAGAUCAGUUUAUGAAGAAGCUUAUCCCAUCUGAAAAUUUAUUUAAAUUUUCAUCAUCAUUUCCCAACACUAAAAUUGAAAGUCAACCAAAUAGAUUUGUUCAAAAAGCUAAACCAAUGAAUCGAAAGUAA